UCAAGGGGUGAAGGCAGCAGGUCGCGGUCCAGAGCUCCUUCCAGGCCACCUGGGCGGCGGGGCAGGCAGCGCACCGGAGCUCUCAGGGAGGAGGACAGAGUACGGCUUGCACAGCUUCGAACUGCCAGUUUAGCUGAGAUGCAGACGGCUUUACAACAUCUGAGCCAGGAGGAGAGGGAUGUCCUCCUUCAGUCAGUGGUGACUCGUCUUCCAGGAGUGAUGCUGGACAUCCUCGAGUUUCGCCAACAGACACCAGGACCACAUCAUCCAGACAGAGGGCAGCCUGCGUGGUGCACCUGUUUGAACUGCCGACGCAUGCCAACACAGUUGGAAAACCUGUGCUGUCGGCAGGCUCCAGACCAGUGUCUGAGCAGGAGUGCCCACCUGGAGCUGUACUGUCUGGAUGAGGGUAUGCUGCGUCUGGUGAGGAUGACGUGGAACGACAUCUUCGCUCUGGAGGACAGUCAAGAUGUUGGCUCUGACAAUCGAGAGUUUCGGUUCGCUGCCUACGGCCAAUUCACAAUCUGGCAACAUGGGCGUCUGGGAGGAGGCAACCGGAGACCAAUACCCAGCUGCUGUGUUCUUCGGAUCAGGGUUAAAUUCCCUGACCCAUUUGGGCACUACACCGGCUACAAGAAGCCCCAUUAAGGGUAGCAGACUGAAAGUUGAAAGCGUUUUAUUUUAUUUAUCUACCCACAAUACCUCAAAAUAACCUCAUUUUUUUACCUCAAGACUCCACUU